GGAAGCACAUUGUUGGACUAGCCGAAGCGCUUCCACAAUAUUAAUGGGAUUGCAUGGGGGCUUCUUUAUCUUCAUCAAGAUUCCAGAUUGAGAAUUAUUCACAGAGAUCUUAAAGCUAGCAAUAUUUUGCUAGAUAUUGACAUGAACCCAAAAAUAUCAGAUUUUGGAAUAGCUAGAAGUUUUGGAGGAAAUGAGACAGAAGCAAAUACAAAUACAGUGGUUGGAACAUACGGCUAUAUUUCUCCAGAGUAUGCAACAGAUGGGCUAUUUUCAGUAAAAUCGGAUGUAUUCAGCUUUGGCGUUUUGGUGCUAGAGAUUGUGAGUAGCAAGAAAAACAAAGGUUUCUAUCAUUCAAGUCACCGCUUCAACCUCCUUGGCCAUGCAUGGAAUCUCUAUAAAGAGGGCAAGUCGUUGCAAUUGAUUGAUGAUGUUGUAUGGGAGUCAUGCUACCUAAUUGAAGUGUUGCGAUCAAUCCAUGUGGGUCUUUUGUGUGUGCAAGAAAGUCCAGAGGAUAGGCCUAGCAUGUCAUCUGUGGUUGUGAUGUUGUGCAGUGAAGGUGCAUUGCCUCAAGCCAAACAACCUGGCUUCUUCACUGAAAGGAAUGUUCUCAAGACUGGUUUCCAAGAAGCAACAACCACGGCCAAUGAAAUCACUGUUACUAUGUUUAAUGGUCUAUAGAAAUUAUACCAUAUACAAGGUGAAUGCUUAAUCAUUGUUUCUAGUUACAAGUGUAUUUUAUACAUAAUGACAUGAUGGGACGUGCCAAUGGUAUCUCUAUUCACUAGUAUUCUCAUUAUUAUCGUUAAAAAUGAACUCCACCGA